AUGUCACUGAAGCUCGAGUCGAAGUACCGCUGGAUGUCAAUUCACAAGUGGCUCGUGAGGCGAACCAACGCUCCGAACCGGAAAAGAGCAUUCAGGGCAAAACUCGAUCCAUUGUUUCAUAAAAGCACAUGCCGGAGCAAUGAAGGUCGAGACCAGAAAGUCGGACUUGUUCAAAAGUACACGGGCCAGGAACAUACUCAUGGGGAAGCAGCUCCGCCGGUGCCUUGUCGCCGGACGACCAUGAAGAGGAAGCUUUCUCCUUCUGAGGAUUAUAUACAUAGGGUAGGAAGAACUGCACGAGCAGGACGUUCUGGGGUUGCUAUAUCAUUAGUGAAUCAGUAUGAGGUGGAGUGGUAUAAACAGAUAGAAAAGCUUAUUGGGAAGAAACUACCUGAGUAUCCUGCGGAGGAAGAGGAGGUUUUGCUACUCUUGGAGCAUGUAACAGAAGCCAAGAGGAUCUCACAGAUGAAAAUCAAAGAAAGUGGUGGCAAAAGGAAACACAGAGGCGGAGAUGAUGGUGACGAGGAGAUUGACAGAUACUUGGGAGUUAAGAAGGGAAAACUAUCAGGGAAGCUAUCAAAGAAGCCAAAGAGAAAAUGA